AUGUUAUUUAGAAAAUAGUAUUAUGGUUGUGAAAUAGAGAGUUGGCCUUAGGGAUGCAUUUUAGCUGAAAUGGCUUUAAGAAGCCCGUUAUUUAGUGACAAAACUUAGAUUAAAUAUUUAUUUGAUUUAUUCUAAUUUUUGAGGUACUGGAAUUCAAUCUCAGGUUAUGUCAAAAUUAAAUUCCCUUUGUGGAUUGAUAUAUAAUCAAAAUAGAAAUUAAUUGAAUAAAUGAAAUAGUAGACAUAAUUCAAAAUAUAUCGCCGAAAGAUUACUCACUCUUAACAAAAUAUUAAAUUAGGAUGA